CCUGUCCACCAAAAGGAAACAAAAAUCCCAAGAAGCUGCAAUUCCCCCAGCACUGUCCCCUACCAUGUCUCCCUCCUCUUCUCCAGCAUCUCCCAUGGCGAUGCUACUAGUUUCUAUGCUAGCUAUUUCCUCCUUCCUAACCAUAGCCCAUGGUGGCAACUUCUACCAAGAUUGCAGAGUCGCAUGGGGCGAUGGGCGUGGCAAGAUCAUCAAUGACCAGCUCCUCAUCCUCUCCAUGGACAAAUACUCCGGCUCGGGCUUUGAAUCCAAGAACGAGUAUCUCUAUGGCAAGAUUGAGAUGCAGAUCAAACUUAUACCCGGCAACUCGGCCGGCACGGUCACCACCUUUUUCUUACGCUCGCAAGGGCCGGCACAUGACGAGAUCGACUUCGAGUUCCUCGGUAACGUUAGCGGCCAACCUUAUGUCGUCCACACCAAUGUAUUCACCCAAGGGAAGGGCGAUAGGGAGCAGCAGUUCUACCUGUGGUUUGAUCCAACCAAGGAUUUUCACACCUAUUCUAUCAUAUGGAAUCCACAACACGUUAUCUUUGCAGUCGACGGCAUUCCACUGAGAGACUUCAAGAAUCUGGAGUCGAGAGGGGUGCCAUUCCCGAAGAACCAACCCAUGAAGGUGUACUCGAGCCUGUGGAACGCCGACGACUGGGCCACGAUGGGUGGGUCGAUGAAAACCGAUUGGACCCAGGCACCGUUCACGGCAUCCUUCCGGAACUUCAACGCCGAUGCCUGCGUCUGGUCUUCGGGCAGGUCUCGGUGCUCGUCGGGGAGAUCGAAGGCUCCGGCUUCAGCUAACGAGGCUUGGUGGACGGACGGGCUGAGUCCGAUGAGGUACCGGAGGAUGAGAUGGGUGCAGAGGAAGUAUGUGAUUUAUGACUACUGUGCUGAUCGGAAGCGGUUCCCUCGUCGGUCGUCUCCUGAGUGCAGGCGUCUUUGAUUUGGCUCACUGUUUAGUUUUUGGAGAGCAUAUGUCCCCAUGCAUGCCAAAAUUAAGUAGUUAAGAGUUUUUCUUGUUUCAAUAUUUACUCUAUUUAUAUUAUGAUUGUGAUUUAAAAAUA